AGCCUGGAAAAGCCCCUCAGAUCAGCCCUGGUGGUUUUACUGAGGAAACCUGCGAUGAUUUUGACGGAUGUCGUAAGGUGACCCUGUUUUGGCAGCCCGUGGAUGAACGUCACCGAAAUGGUCACAUCCUGGGAUAUAAAGUGGAACUGCUUCCAACUGACAAAGACAAGAAAACUUUCCUCAUCAACUCAGAGUUCAAGACGUCUGCUGCGCUCCAGCUGUUGUCACGAGCAGACUAUCAAGUUUGGCUGUAUGCCAGAAACAGCAUGGGCUACUCGCCCACCAACUCCAGUUUGUCCAUUCCAAGGACUAAAAGAAAGCCUCGAGGACCUAGUUAUUUGCUCGUGGAGUCUUCCAGCCACUCUGAGAAUCCACGAUUCACUCUGAACUGGUUGCCACCACGUUCUAAAGAGACGAACUACGACUUCAGUCUUCAGUCGCUGGGCUACACACUGUACUGGUGUCAGAGAUCACACCUGCCUCUAGUUUGUGAGGAUCACAUUGACUGGAUCUCACUGCCAGUAAACCAGACAUCAUAUGAGUAUGUAUCGUCGGAUGAAGUUAGUGGAAAUGGCCAUCUGUUUGGCAUUUCAAGGGAGGUAAUCUCUGAGGCUGGCAGGACAGUCAGCAGUGGAAUAACUUGGAGUCCGUGCACAUAUAUUAAAGGAGCAAAACCAGAGAAACCGCCAAAGAACUUCCAUAUCUCUGGAAUAAAGGAUGAUAGAGCUUUGAAAAUUGAGUGGCAGCCGUUUGAUUGUUUUGAGUCACUUGGUUAUGUGACGCAUUAUGUUAUUCACUACUGUAAGGCCGAUGUCACUGGAGAGUGUAAUG